AUGUGGCCCCUGGCCGCAGCCAUCGCCACCCUGACUCUGGCCUUGUCAGGCGGCAUCUCCCAGCAAUAUCCCAAGAUUCUGAAUGGCACCAAUGGGACCAGUGGGUUUCUCCCAGGUGGAUACACUUGCCUCCCCCACUCUCAGCCCUGGCAGGUGGCCCUACUAGUACAAGGGCGCCUGCUCUGUGGGGGAGUCCUGGUCCACCCUCGAUGGGUCAUCACUGCAGCACAUUGUCUGAAGAGCGGGUACAAAGUUUACCUGGGCAAGCACAGACUAGGGCACGUGGAGAAUGGGGAGCAGGUAAGAGAGGUAAUACACUCUAUCCCCCACCCUGAGUACCGGAGCAGCCCCACCCACCUGAACCAUGACCACGACAUCAUGCUACUGGAGCUGCAGUCCCCGGUCCUGCUCACCCACAGCAUCCAGGUCCUACCUCUGUCUCACAAAGACUACCUUCCCCCUGGCACCUGCUGUCGAGUGUCUGGCUGGGGCACUACCACCAGCCCCCAGGUGAGAUACCCCCAAACCCUUCAAUGUGCCAAUAUCCAACUACGUUCAGAUGAGGAAUGUCAUAAAGUCUACCCAGGGAAGAUCACUCCCAACAUGCUGUGUGCCGGCACAACAGAAGGUGGCAAAGACACCUGUGAGGGUGACUCCGGGGGUCCCCUGAUCUGUAACAGAACGCUCUACGGCAUCAUCUCCUGGGGAGACUUCCCAUGUGGGCAGCCCAACCGGCCUGGUGUCUACACCCGAGUCUCCCAAUAUGUACCAUGGAUCCAGGAAACCAUCCAAAAUCACAAAACCCGGGAGCAGAAACGGAUCAAGAGCCCCUAAUAAAAGUCAGGUUCA